AUGCAGGAUAUGGUGAGUUCUCUUGUUUUUUUACAACGGCACAAGCUCAAGUUUUCCAUCUUAUCGUUUCUGUCAAAAAAUUCAAAUUUUUAAAAAUUUUUGGCUUUUCAAUUUUUUCCCCACAAAAAAAUAAUUUUUUUCAGCCUAGAUAUUCCUUUCACCCUCUCACUCUGACUAUGUCUACCUCGGGGGUUCCCUUUUCUUAUUCCAGAUUACCCGAAUUCGAGUCGAGAAAUCGAUUGCGCCAUCUUCUCUCGUCUCUCCUUUUCUCGCGCCCAAAAAACGAGGGGUUCUUGGGUUAUUAGGCGAAAUUAAUUAUUCACUUGAUCCGUUCUCAUUGACUUUCGAUACUUUUUGGUUUCUCUGAUCUUUCGAGGGGCUAAAAAUUGUUUGCGGGGGGAAUUUGAAGAUUUUUGGGGGUGUUUUUGGGCAUUUUUUGGUUUAAAAGAGGAAAUUUCCGAGUUUUUUUGACGAACUUAUAAUGAAAAAUUGAAUAAAUCUGCAAAGUGAGAUUUUUUUUGCAUUUUUAAAAUCAAAAAAAUGGAGUCAUUUUCUGCAAAACGCGAUUUUUUAAACGGAAAAAAUUUAUUUAAAAAUUUUUUUUUUUCAAAAUUUCCCAACAAUUUGCUGAACAAGCCUUCUCAGACCGAUUUGCAACACCUAUUUCAUAUUUAAAUUCCCUCCCACCCUGCCUAAACAUCCCAAACGUGUCGUUUCCCUCCAAAAUAAACACAUUCCUUGCUUUCGACUGUUUUUUAUGGGAAUAUAGGGAAGAAAAUAAUCGAAAUCACGUCGAAAUUCAAACGUGGAAGAGGAUUGACAUCUUUUUGAUUUUUUUUCCAAAAGCCUUGAGGAUUCGAGUUUUUUUUGUUGGAUAAAUCCGAUUUUUUGUUUCUUUUCGAGCUCUUCUUUUUCGCUUUUUGAGAGCUGAGCAGCGAUUUUCUAACUGCGCAGGCGGUAGUCGAGUAGCCAGAGGGGAUUUUCUGCUCGGAUUUUGGGGUUUAUGUGGAACGCCGGAGGGGAAUUCAGAAUUUUUUGAGGGAAAAUUUCGGUAAAAAUUUUAAUUUUAAGUGACUAAUUUUUCUGCUGAAAUUUUAUUAAAUACGCCUGAUGCAAUUUGGCUCCAAUUAAAAAUAAAAUUUACCGCUUUAUUUCGUGCAUCUGUCGUUAGUUAUUUUCCAAAGCAGAGCAGGUUUGUGGCCGUGAAUCUCAAAGAGUAACUUUUUUGUUACAAAUCCUGCCUAAAUGUCCUCAGAUUUCGUUUUCAAGCAUAAAAUUACGAAAGGAGCCCUGAGUUUUUAAUUGCUGGCAUUUUAGAAAUCAAAGUUAGAUCCGUUUUCUGCUAUAGCUUCUCAAAUUUUCCGUGGGAAAAAGCUUUUCUGUUCAUUUUUUGCUCAAAACUUUGAACAGAUAGACAUCCAAAAGGAUGUAUUUUUUUGUCAUUUUUUGACGUAUUUUCUGCAAAGCGCGAGAUGAAAAUGCCUGGUGUUUGAUAAGAAAUUAAUAAUCUUAUUCUGAGCAAGUCUCAUCAACAUCUUUUCUUCGAAUUUUUCCCGCCUCCGAACCCUUGAUUUUGAUUUUUUUAUCAUUUCCGAGCACCAAAUAUAGCACUUAAUUUAUGCUAAUCCACUUUUAAACGCUUCCAAAAUAUUGUUUCAAUCUCCCCUUAGGGCUUUCCACAACAAUUUUCUUAUGAUGCAAUUCACAAAUUGCUUUACAUAUUACCUUUUCCCUAUUCCUUAUUGCUUCCAUCCCCCCCACUUUUUUGACCUUGCAAUCAAAACCAGUUAUCCCUUGUGUCCAUUACAAUAAUUACAAAUCACCGGAAGUGACCAACUCCUCUCUUCGAAACUAGGAAAGAAACUGAUCCGGUUUGAACAACAGUCUUGCAAAAAACGUGAAGAAAGUCUUUAAACUUUUUACGAGUAUUGAUAAGAGUAGCACCUCUCAAAGUGCAAAUUUUUUCUCGCUUCCCCAUUUAUAGAGACGAAAAAGUUUGCUUUGAUAGUCGAAAAAGCAGCGGGAUUUGUUUGUUUUCGCAAUUCCAUGGGUACUUUGGAAAGUAAAAAGAGAGUAGUUGUGAUCUGAUUGAAUUUUCAACGGGAAAGUGAGAAGAACGGCUAAAAAUUAGAAAAAUUUUGGAUGCUUUUGGUCUUUCUGACAGUCGGAAAUGAUUUUUCAAAGAAUAGGCGGUUUUUGAAAUUUUUAGGGUGUGAAAAAAGUAAUAUGUCGUCCAAAAAUUCAUAGACGGCCAAAAAGUGUUUUUUCUCUGACCGUCUCUCCGAAUUUUCUAGGGUACCUUGUUUUCCAAAGAUUCUUGAAUAUCUUUUUUUUCUCCAGCUGACUAUGUCCUCAUUUACUUGGCCAUCCUCUGAAAGAAAAAAUAUAUCCUUACAUUAGCUACUGAUUCUGAAGUCGGAAUUGAGCUUAAAUCUGUCACCAAUACGGAUUUUUGAUGUUGGCUGGGCAAACUAAGCGCAUUGGUUAGCUGUAGAUGAAAGGAAACAGGUGUCGGUUAGCUAGACCAACAAACUUGGGCUUUGGCUGAUCAAUAGGACGGCAAAAUAGUUUUUGAUUUCCCAAGUUAACGAUGCCGCCUUAGGUAAAGUGGACGACCUGUUCUAGUGGCAAAAAACAUACCAUUUUGCAUCCGGGAAGUAUCAAAAAUGCAGCAAAACACCUCUCUCUCCCAGUGAAAAAAAUCAAAUUUCAAAAGCGCGCUCACUCUUUUUGUGAAGGAAAGGGCUUUAGAACGGAGUUUUUUCAGUUGGAGAUGGAGGCAUUUUGCCACAUUUUUUUAUACUUUCCGGAUGCACAAUGAUACGUUUUUUGCCAUUGGAUCAGGCCCCUCAAUGUACGUCUUUAAUCAGCAUGCUCUGCGGAGACCCCGGACCAUCUAAGUUCAAGGAAAACCUCGUAGAAAUGGGAAUUCGUCAAACUGCAUAAAAAAAAAACACUUUUUUUGGGGACACUCCACACCCCACUCUUCAUCAUUAAGGAAGGGAGCAUCAAAUAAAUGUCUCAUUUUUUGCUUUGCGGUCUUCUUUGUUAAUUUAUACUUGAAAUUGGCAUUCAAAAAGCAUUUUCUCUUCGGAAAAUUUAUUUUACAUCUUUUCCGCAGAUGUAGAUUUCCUUCCUUCUAGGACCGCUGUAUUCGCAAUUUUUUAGCAUUUUUUACGUCUUGAACUCAUCUUUGACAGGACUUUUUAUCACUCCUCUCCACUCCACUACAACCCUCAAAUCAUCAGAGCCCUUGAACUCUUCUUUCUUCCAACCAUUUCCGUGUAAACAAACAAAAAUAAAUCCGCGAAAAUCCUGUCCAGUUUUGAUUUCCAUCCCCCACCUAAAAAAAGCGUAAUUCCCUCGUCCAAGAAACGUUUAUUUCAGUCCGAACGACGCGUGGCUGAGCGUUGCGUGGACGACGAACUUGACGAAAACCUGGCGUUCCGUUGGAUCUUCGGUCAUCAAACCCGCCCCAGUCUGCAGUCGGACCUGUUCGGGCCGCGGCGUGCCGAGCACAGUGCGGAGCCGUUGAUCAGCAAAGGUGAGGAGGUCUUGAGAAAGCACAAGAAAAGUGUAAAAUAUUGCCUCCAUGUGAUGAGAGUAGUUUGGAAAAACAAAAAUAAGACUUUGCUGGGUUGUUUUUUCUUCACAAGUGCUAGCACUAUGUCCUUGAUGAAGCCGAAACUCAAGAUAAGGCUUAAAUUUUGGUAGAUUUUUAUAGUCAUCAAAAAAUUUUUACCGUUUUUGGAGUAUUUUCUUAUUCCAUUGACCUGCAUUUUCGAUUACCUUAACCCCAUUGCAGGCCCCAUUCCUCCCUCUCCAACACCUCUCGGCCAGAAGCGACAUCUUCUUCGGAAUCGUCGGCCAAGCGCCACCGAUCCAAACAGUCCUCUUCAAAGUGCCGCAGCUCAAAUGAGGAUGUCGAUAGUCCACUUUCGACAUCGCUUCUUCGUCCGACAAUACGUCUAUCCACUUCUGUGCCUGUUAUUGUUGAUAGUGCUGAUUCGAUGGACGACUGAUCGAAAUGAGAAUGAAAAGACGGAAUACGGGCGAUUGUGGCAUGAUGAAGGAAAAACGGAUCAAAUCCAGAAAGUUAACAUUGAAACUGUUGCAACGCCGCUGCAGCCGCUCAUCGAGGAAAAGAAGGUUGUGGAUAGCGAUGCUGUGGUAAGAUUUUACCUCCUCUUAUCGUAUAUUAGCCAUUGCUCAAAAUAUAUCAUAGCUAAGGCUUCUUGGUCGUACUAGGAAAUAAUCGUCGGCUGUAACAAACUUCCUGAUCUUUAAUAUUCUCCUUGGUGUUGUCCAGAACCUUUGAAAAACAAAGCCUUUUGUUGUAAAGCGUUUUCAAACUGGUCUAAUUGAUUAUGUCUCAGGUCUCGUGCGUUUUCCUUCUGUCGCUGAUAUAAAAAGCUCUGGCUAUGGACGGGUUUGCAAUGGUCUUCAGGAGGUUUACAGCGUCUGUGAUUUGUUUAUAAGGGAAGUACUCCAAGUGCGACGCUCAGAUUUUCUUUUGUAUUUUUGAAGAUUUUGGGCUUAGGCCACAUGUAAAUUCCUGAGAAUUUUUGCUCGCGCUUUCCAAGGACAGCCGAGAUAUUCCACGAUCUUUGCGGCCGAACGACUGCGCAAAUGGUGAAGAGCGGCCACAAAAAAAAGAUUUUAUUGCCGUAUCUCGGCCAGUUUUGCAUGGAAAAAAUAAUGUUUUUUUUUCGUGGAAACAUUACCCUCUAUCGUAAAAGUAAGCAAAACUUGUAAAAAGGUUUUCCAUUUUUUCUAACUUCCGGCCUAAAAAUCUCGGUCUUUUUCUGCAAAGUGCGAGAUUGCAUAGGUCAUACAAAAUUAUUUUAAAUUUGUGCCAAGUCUUAUUAAAGCCUGAGCGUAUCGUCGUACUUAAAGUAAUGCUUCCCUCAUUAGUUUCAGCUCCUAAAAUGUGAGCCUAAUUAGAAGUAGCAGUCUUUUAUGUCACCAAUUCUACCAAACCUUCGGCAUGAAUGUCUCGAAACCGGCUCUUAUCUAAACGAUCUUUAAAGAUCAAGACUUCGAACUCCUUUUUCUUCACUACUUGUUUGCUAUUAUAUAUACAAACCACAGGCAAAAUUUCUACGCUACGAUAAAACCGGCCUCCCUUUCGCACCUCUGACUGUUUGCAUAAUCAUAUCGCAUAAUAUAAAUAUCCAUUAUGAUAUGGAACGCUUUGCAAUUCGCAUAAAAAAUGAUCAAAUUCACUUUCAAACAAGCGGAACUGUUUCAACCACCUGAGCUUUAUAAAGGCGUGAAACGUUGCGAAAAAUGAGAGUGACAACGCUGACUUAUCGAUGCGUUAACUGAUAAGUGGCGGCGUAAACACGGCGGUAAACAAGAGUCUGUUUUUUUGGAUAGGGAUAGGUGUGAUUGACAGGUGAAGAUCUCAGGUUGCUGCUACACAUUUUGCAAGAGUUUUCUGCGGCGACGAAGCUUUCUAUCGGAAGGGUGUGAAUUUUAUGGAGAUAAGAAACAUUUGGAUACUGUAGAGCUAAAAUUUAAGUAAUUGAAGAAAGUUUUUAGAUCUUGUAUACUAUUUUUAGUCGGAAAAUUGAUAAGCAUAAUAUCUGAGGGGUUUGUAGGGCUUGAGGCUUCCUUUUUGUUUUGUUUUUUGGGAUUCUGUGGGCAUGACAACAAAAUUUCCAGACGGUUUUUGACUUUACAUAUCCGAAAGCGACCGAAAAUGAUAUCAAAAGCUUAAGAAGGCGCUUAACGUAAGAAAUUUGUAAGCUUUAGAAGACGCUUAGCACAAGGAUUUUUGGUUUAUCUAGGCUUACACCAAGCCAGAAAUGUCAAUUUUUGUUGUCUAUGUAAUUUGUAGUUUGCGCCGAAAAGUCAGUUUUUUGCUUCGUUGUUCUGCAUUGAGGUUUUGCAUGACUCAAUGCCUCGUUACUUUUCUAAGUAGGCUGUUCAGUGAAAAAUGAAAUUUAGAUAUUUCUUCUCAUAUCGACAAACACGGCGUUCGAAUUUUUCGCCAGUUUAAAGGCCCGUUCAAAAUUCAAGUUUAUUCAAAUUUCCCCUCCAGCGUUGUCGUAUGACCCACAAAAUUAUCAGCCGCUCCUCCUUUCCCACACCCACUGGUCAGUUUUGUUUAUUUUUCUUAUCAUGUACAACCAGAUUUUCUCCCUCGUCCCCAAGCGAUGAACAAUUAUUUUCGCGGCUCGAGGCGAUUACUUUUUGCGGAAAGCGACUUUCGGAGGUGGGGUCGGAUAUGCGGAUUCAAGUUUUUUCGAAUACUUUUUUACGUGACAUUUUACGUAAUAGAUUUCUUAUGUCAAUAUGGUCGCUGCAGGCUGAGAUUUCGAUCAGGUUGACAAAGCAUGAGUAGUAGAGAGUACAGGUGGAGUAUGGUAAUUUUAAAUUUUUUUGUAAUUUCCGGUGAGAGGUUGCAAAAAAUUUGAAAUCUUACGAUUUGAUUUACAAGGGAAGUGCCCCAAGUGCGACGCUCAGAUUUUCUUUAAAAUUUGCACACACGUCGGGUAUGGGCUAAGCAUCAAUUCCUGAAAGUUUUAGCCCGCGCUUUGCGGGCGCCGCCGAGAUAUCGAACGAUUUUUUCCACCGAGAGAGCACGCUAAACGUGGAGAGCGGUCAGAGAGAGAAAAGCGUUUUUUGGCCAUAACUUUGGCAGUUUCGUGCGGAAAAAUUUGAUUUUUUGUAGAAACAUUAUCCUUUACGGUAGAAACAGGCAUGAAACUUUUCGUGCCGAAAUUCGGCAAAAAGUCCUAAAUUUUCGCCGACUUUGGAUCUAAAAAUCUCGGUUGUCUCUGCAAAGCGCGAGCUAGGAUUCUCGCAUAUAUCUUAGAAAAAACUCCUCUAAAUUUGUGCCAAGUUUCAUCAAAAUCUGAGCGUCACACUUAGGGUACUUCCCUUGUAAACCUGAUUCUCAAAAAAUUGUAGCUGAUCUUUCGAAUUUUUCACUUUUUUUAUCUGCCCAUUAUAUUUUACAUACACCAUGUAACAUGUUUAUUUCAAUUUCGUUUUCGUUGAUCUUUGAAGAUCGUCAUCUUUUGCGCUCUUUUCACGUGUCUCUUCUUUCCGUUCGAAUUAAUCCAAAGAAUCGCGAAGCGAUUAGCCAUGUCUUCCUUGCGCGAGUUUUCAACAGCUGUUGCGUAUUCAGGCUAACGGGCGUCUUCUAAACAUGCUGCUGUUGCUGCUUACUGUAAUGUUAUUGGUGAAUGAUUUUGGAGAAUCAUGGGUAAGAGCAGGUGUUUUUUGGGGUAAAUCAGUGUUGUGUAAUAAUUACAGUUAAAUCUAUGUAUAACGACUCGCAAGAGACCAAAAAAAUAUUCAUUUCAAAAGGUUUUUAUUUAGGCCCAAUAUUUAUAAAAUUUAGCUUUCUGACCUCUGAAAUUGUAUGUCGUAUACAUCUUUCAUAGUACAGAGGCUGCAUUCUAUUCAAAAAUAUAGAAAAUAAAUACUACUAGCACCUAAAAAAUAUUGGUUCUACUUUUAAAACCUACUAAACCACCGAGGUUUCAGCGGCCCGCUCCAAUAGCCAAGAAGCCAACGGGCAAUAUCGUGUCACUGGAGGUUUACAUGGAAGCCCAAUGUCCAGACACGUCGGCUUUCAUUCAUCGGCAGCUGGUUCCGGCCUGGAAGAAACUAGGCCAUUUGCAGCGAAUAAAUGUGACGAUAGUGCCGUUUGGGAAGGCGUUGUGCAAGCCUCACAAUGAAGAUUAUAUGUAAGCAUUUUAAAUAAUAUUAUGCGUAAUUUUUGCUUAUUGUAUUAGCUUGUAAUUGGCUUACUUUUCAGCUGUGAUUGCCAACAUGGGCCAUCGGAAUGCGAUCUGAAUGGCCUUAUGAACUGCGCAAUGGAAAGGCUAGUGCAGCCGCGCGAAUACGUGCCUCUGAUCGGCUGUAUUCAAGGCAGUGAUGACUUGGAUUCGGCAAUCGCAAAGUGCUUCAGUCCUGGGGCUGAUAAGGACUGGUAAGACUUUAUUUUCGGAUCCAAGAAAACAUUAGUCCCCAUUAUUGAAGCUAUUCGUAUUUUACCACUUCAUUUCCAGGAUUUCCCAAUGUUCCAAAUCGAAGCGCGCCCGUUAUUUGUUGGCCAUGGCCGGGCAGCGAACGAAUGCCCUCGGGUCGCAGUUCAAUUUCGUGCCUUGGGUGGUGAUUGACGGCGUCCGAAACAUCGACAGUUUUUAUGCGUUAGAGGAGAACAUUUGCAAACUUUUCACGACCCCAGUUCCAGCCGAAUGUUUGCCGGGAUCGAGCGUUCAGCAGGUUCAGGCGAUCGAGCAGCCCUUUCGAUUGUAA